GCUCAUCUCAGACUUACCUUCACAUCCAACGUCUUAGUCAGAGGGACGGUCGAAACGGCAUUAACUAUAUUCAGCUCUGCUGCUGCGCCCAUGACACAGUGGCGUUUCACAAGGUGUGUCCCAAAAAUCCAAUACAGGUAUCGGGUCGGAUGGUUAAACAAAAGCUUACCGUGAGCCGUAUUCUCGCAUUACUGCAGAAGGCAAUGCAGAACAAAGUUCUUAAAAUGUCUCCAGCACGAACCAUUCAGCUUUUGAUUUCUCUUUAUUGCAUCUUCACAGCCAACGCACAGACAGAUUCACAGAAACAAAAGGCGCGUGGGUUUGUUGCAUUUGCAAAUCCGGAAAAUGGAGGCAGAGUAGAAGUUGGCAGUGUUACAGCAGAAACACUUAAAAGUGGUUUGACUACAGUCUUCCUUCCGGUUGUCUACAUAAUAGUGUUGGCAGUGGGCUUGCCAGUAAAUGCAAUGACAAUUUGGGUUUUUGUUUUUAGAACUAAGAAGAAGCACCCUGCUGCUAUCUACAUGGCCAACCUGGCUCUGUCUGACGUACUGUUUGUCAUCUGGCUCCCCCUAAAAAUUUCCUACCACUUUAAAGGCAAUAACUGGGUCUAUGGAGAAGAGCUCUGUAAAGUGCUGGUGGGUUUCUUCUAUGGGAACAUGUACUGCUCAAUAUUAUUUAUUGCUUGCCUUAGUGUGCAGCGGUACUGGGCUGUUGCUUACCCUCUGUCUCAGCUGAAGAAAGACAAUCAUGUUGCUUGUGUCAUUUCUUUGGCCAUUUGGUUUGUCGUUUGUUGUAGCACAACACCUUUGUACCUCUAUGACCAAACCGUCAGUUUUCAAAGUCUUGACAUCACGACCUGCCACGAUGUAAAUGUCAUACGUGACGUCCAGAACCCCUUUCAAGACAUCAAAUACCCUUACGUCUACUUCAUCCUCAUGUUUGGACUGAUGUUCUUAGUCCCAUCUUUGGUUAUCAUCUUGGCCUACAUCUGCUUGAUCAGGAAGCUGGGCGACUCCAUGUACGACACAGACAUUGGGCGGAAACGCAGGAAGGCCGUGAUCUUGAUUCUCAUAGUGAUGGUGACCUUCGUGGUGUGUUUUGUACCAAGCAACAUAGUACUGAUCAUCCACUAUACGCUUCUCAAAUAUGGCGUAGCAGACAAUGGUUAUAAGUUGUACAUCACUGUCCUCUGCUUAGCCAGCUUAAACAGCUGCCUUGAUCCCUUCAUUUACUACUACGUUUCCGAGGACUUCAGGGACAGCGUGAGGAACACACUGUUGUGCAGGAGCCACAGACAAGUAGAAAGACUGAAAGUGUCCUUCAACUCUAUGAAAUAUUCAAAGAAGAGUAACGUCUAUAGUCCUGAUAAUAGUCAUACACAGACAAGUGAUUGAACAGUGGUGUAACAGAUUUUUUUUUUUACCAUUUGUAUUGUUUUUUAUGUAAAGUAACACAUUUAACAUACACAGAAUACAUACUCUGAAUGGACUUGUGUUUCUGGAUGUCAAUCCACUUUCUUUAACUCUUUCACUGUCGCCGCCUAGUGGUUCGGACGCAUACGUCCAAAUUUUCAAUAACAAAAAAAAUGACGUUCAAUAAAAGAAACAUCAUUUAGUCGCUGCUGUGACAUUGUAGAUCGAAGUCUUUUAUGUGCCUUCUAACUUCUGCAGGUCCAUGUGCAUCACUCUCGAUCUGUUCUACAUCUUAACUGGUUGCAAUGUUUCUUGUAUAUAAUAUAAUGAAUCAUACACUGAUGCUGCAAAUGUAGGCGACAUCGAAAUAUGAUACAUUUGCAUAAUUAGUUUUUAUUUAAUAUUCAACUAACACUGCACACAUUUUAUAUGGGUCUGUUUAUGUUCAGGGAAGUUUUGAGAUAUUGAGCAGGUCAGUAGCUUAUUAGGUCAUUUCCUAUGUCAUAAUACAAUCUUACAGUGCUUGAAGGCAUGGGGCAGCUAUGUGGCGCAGUGAUUAGCGCAGUUGCAUCACAUGUCAAGGGCCAAGGGUGGAGUCUCUGCCAGGAUUCUGUGUGUGCAGUUAUGUUUUUGGGGUUUCCUCUGGGUAAUCUGGUCUCCCCCUACAGUGCAAAACCAUGCUGAAGUUAACUGGAGUUAUCAAAUUGCCCAUAGGUGUGUGUGUGUGUGUGUGUGUGUGUGUGUGUGUGAGUGAAUAGUGAGUGAGUGUACCCUGCGAUGGGUUGGCGCCCCAUUCUGUAUUGUUCCCUGCCUUGUAGCCUCCAGGAUAGGCCCCAGACUUGACAUGACCCCAAGUAGAACAAGUGAUUACAGAAGAUGGAUGGUCAGAUACAUUUUACAUCCAUUACAGAUUAUCAUGAACAUGAGAGCCUUCAAUUCUACUCUGAGGGUCAAACCGUGAAAAAUUUUGGAGAUCGCAAUAAAUUUUGGUAGGGACAAUUCAGUUGUCACGCCCAGCUCCGGCCGAUCCUAAUGUGUGCCACGCCCACCUCGUUACCUCGUGUUCAUCCCUGAUUUUUCUCACCUGUUGCUUGUUCCGUUUGCCUAGUCUUGUGUAUUUAGUCCUCGUCUGAGUCAGUCUUCCCCGGAUUUGUCAUUGAUGUUCGCUGACGUGUUUUCCCGGUCCUGUCUAUCUUUAAUAAAUCCCCGGUUUUACCCGA